CGGCCUUGCUCAUAUAUCUUUCAGCAAACAUGCCUCGACCCAUGGCUCAUCGACGUCUCCGGUCGCUGUCCGGUCUGCCAGCGUCCUGUUGAGAUACCAGAACCACCGCCAAAGAAGGAAAGGAGGCGAGGGAGGCGAUAGGUGUGAGGCAUCCUCAUCAUGACCUAUUGUCACCCAAAACCUUCUCCCCCGCCCUUUGGCGCUCGAUCAUAUGCACGGCCUCGUCAUCGAUGGCUUGUCCUCAUUCUGUAUUACCACCCCGCUCACUUCGCUAGAUCUCCGGGUCUGUUCGGUGCUUGUUUAUCGUGUUGCUUUCGUCGUUGUUUUCAGAGAGCCAGAAUAUCCUCGAUUGCUCUAUUUCUCCUUCCAUCUCCGUCCACUCACUUCGCCGCAGGGAUGUACGCCUACAUAUCUUGGCUCGAUAUAAGUACGAUAUGGUGUAUUAGUAUAGCUCUAUCUAUGUAUGAAAGUCUGUGAUAAGUCCGAUGAUUACUUGUUUGCUCGUCCGGUGCACUCUCGUAC